AUGGCUAAUAAAGAUGUCAACUGGCACAAGGCAAUGGCUGUUGAGUUUAAUGCUCUUGUGCAAAAUGGGACAUGGGACUUGAUUCCCUAUACACCAGGUAUGAAUGUCGUUGGCUGUAAAUGGGUGUACAGGGUCAAGCCUAAAUCUGAUGGAACCAUAGACCGGUAUAAGGCCCGUCUUGUUGCAAAGGGGUAUAAUCAGGAGCAUGGUUUCGAUUAUGACGAGACCUUUAUAGUCCAGUGCCGUGAUAUUUGGCUCACCUUGUCAGUAGCCUUCUCCUCUCCCUCUGAGAGCCAUUUGAUGUCUUUGAAUAUGGCAUUGAUUGAUCUUGAACAGAAGCCGGACGAAUCUGUGUCCCUCUUCCUGCAGCGUGCUAAGUCCAUUGCUGAGGAAUUAUCUGUUGCUGGUCAUUCCUUACGCCCUGGUGCCUUCAACCUUCAUAUUUAUUGA